GCCUGUCGUUUCGGCCGUGUGCAGCAUCUGGAGCAGCUGAUCGCAUACGGCGCGGACAUAAACAGUCAGACAACCUUCAACGGCAACACUCCACUGCACUUCUGUGCCUAUAACGGCCAGGAGGCCUGUGGACGUCUGCUGCUGUUUCGCGGAGCCGACCGCAACCUGAAGAAUCGCGCCGGACAUACUGCCUAUCAGGAGGCGGUGCUGGCCGACCACGCCAGCACGGCUGCUCUGAUUCGUGAUUUCCGGGAGGAAGAUGUCGGUAAGCCCCGGGGGUUUCAGCUUCAUGCUACAGAGUUGUUUUAA